AUGGUCCCUGUCCCAGCCCGCGCCCCCGCUUAUCCCCGUUGCCGCUGGGCACCGCUGCCUGUCCCGGCGGCCGUGGCCCCGGUCACCGCAGCAGCACUGACCCCUGCGGGCUGCGCCGGCUCCGCUCCCGCGGCGUCAGACCUACACAAUGAUCAAAGUACCCAGCUACACCUCCAUGUCCCUGUAACUAAAGACACAGAACUGUGUAUAGCUCGACAGCUCCAUGCAUACAGAGGCAGAACUGGAGACAAGCCGAGAUGUGAUUAUAUCCAGGCACAGCGCUACCCCGGUACAAACCGGGCUGGGACAGACACGGGGAACGCGGCCGGCCCAUCUCCCCCGCUCCCCCUCGGCCCCUGGUCCCUUCUGGAGACGUCGAGCAGACGGGGAUCUCUGGGAGCAACGGGAGCAGCGAGAGACUUGCGGCGUGCCCUCAGCCCCGCCACAGCCCCAGCACACCCACAGCCUCCCCAGUCCCUUCACAGCCUCCCAGCCCGGCAGCCCCGCAGCGCUGCCAUCGCCCUGGGCAUCCCGGCGCCCCGAGCCCCGCCAGCCCCGCCAGCCCCGCCAGCCCCCUCAGCCUCUUCCCUCCCGCCCGGCCUCCGCCGCCAUCGCCGCAGCCCUCAGCGCCUCAGCGCCGCCGCCUCAGCGCCCCUCGCAGCCGCGGGCACCGCAGCAGCUCCUCAGCAGCGCAGGCGCCUCCCGGGGCGCUGUCCCCCGGGACAGCCCCGGUGCCUCAGCCUCACCGGCCCUUCAGCGCUGCCGAUCGCCGGGCCCCGCGGCCCUGAGGGCGCUCAAAAGACAGCUGCCCCGAGGAGCGGAGGGAGCGCCGCGGCAGCUGCCGCACCUCCGCAGCCGCUCCCGGCCGCUCGCUCCCCGCUCCUCCGGCAGGGACACAGCCGCGGCCGUGCCCCAGCCGAGGCUGCGGAGCAGCUCCUGCCCAGCCCCGGCCAGCAGCAGCGCUUGGCGGCUCCUGCCGGCGCCUUGCGCUGA